AUGGUUUCUAGCUUCAAAAUCCUGUCAAUCCUGGCUCUGGCCCUUGCCAUCUGUGUGCAAGGCACUCUAGGAGAAAUAACAUGCGAACAUCUUGACCAAGACACCUGUGCUUAUGCAAUCUCAUCGUCUGGCAAGCGUUGCUUGCUCGAGAAGCGGGUAAAAAGGACCGGAGAAGAAGCAUACACAUGCCGCACAUCCGAAAUUGAGGCUGAUACAUUGAGGAACUGGAUUGAAACAGAUCAAUGCAUCAAAGCAUGUGGACUUGACAGAAAAUCACUCGGAAUCUCAUCGGAUUCUCUUCUCGAUAAAUUAAUCGUGCAUGCCACUCACAAUAUUUUUUCUUCUGUUUUGACAGGUGUUUUUCUCCCCAAAUUAUGUGAGGCGCAAGAGGGAAAUGCCAGAAGAGGAUUGAUGGCUGAUCUCAAAAGUUCUGGUUAUGUUGCACCAGGACCAGGCCACCCAGUGAAGUACACAUAUGCUCCAGGCCCAGUUGAACCAGUUACUUACACAUAUGCCCCAGCCCCAGUUGAUUACACAGUUGCCUCAGCAACCCCACCUUAUUAA